GUCAAGUUUGACCCACUUCACUCCAACAUAGGGUCCUAUACUCCUAUAGUCCUAUACCAAAUAUAAUCGGGUCUUAUACCAAACACAAUCGGGUCUUAUGCUUAAACAGCUAACAGGUAGGAGUAUUAAAUAUGAAUUCACCCCACAAUACCUGUUGUCAGAAAGAAGCCAUAAAAUUAAAUUAUUUACCACCUUCUAAUUUAUUACUCCCAACACUCCCUUCAUCUUCUCCUCUUUUCCUCUGCAUUCAUUUUUCUUCCAUUUUCAACUCUCUUAUAUUCUCUCUCUUUUUCCCAUCUUUUUCUUUCUAUCUUCCUCCACCCUAAAACCCAGAAUUUAAGAGAGAGAAAAAAAACCCACCUCAAGAAUUUUGCAAUGUGCAUGAAACAAAAAACCUUCACAAAUUAAAAAAAAAAAAACCCUUUCAUUUUUAGACAUUGUUAGAAUAAUUGUUUGUUAUAAAAUUAGAAAUAUCUUCUUUAUUUUUUAAUUUUUUUGAGUUAUAUACUUGGUAGUGUAACAAGUAGCAUUAUUUGCAAACACUUUCACCUUUUAAAAUAAAUUUGGAAUUUAUUUUAAAAGAAAUUUUGGGGUUUUUUUUUGAGGGUUAGUUAGUUAAUACUUAAAAUGGUGGAAAUUAAGCAAAAUCUAGAGAGAGAAAGGUGAAGUUAGAGAGAGAAAGUUAAAAAAAUGGAAGGUGGGAAGCAGGGGAAGAAGAAGCAGCAACAACAACAGGGCAAAGAGAACAGCAAACCAAAUGUAUGGUUCUCAUUGAAGAAAUCUCUCCACUGCAAAUCUGAGCCGUCCGAUGUGCAUGAUCCAUCAAAAAAUGUUCACAAUAAUAAUAUAAAUAAUAACAAAAUAAUGAACUCAAUAUUAACAAGAAGAGUAGGAAGAUCAGGGUGUUCAAGGUCAAUUGCAAAUCUAAAAGAUGUAAUUCAUGGUGGAAGUAAAAGGCACAUAGAAAAACCACCAAGUUGUAGUCCAAGAUCUAUUGGUAGUAGUGAAUUCUUAAACCCAAUUACUCAUGAAGUUAUUUUGAGUAAUAAUAAUUCUAGGUGUGAGCUCAAGAUUACCGGGUAUGGUCCCUUUGAUGGGUCCGGGUUCGGUACCGUCUCCGGUAAUGCGAAUGGUGGUCAUGAAGAUGAGGCGAAGAGGGGUGAAGAGUCUGCGUUUGUAGGUACUUUGAGGCCGGGUACCCCUGGUCCUGGAGGACACCCUACAAUGCAUUACUUUAGCAAUAGCAAUAACAACCCUUCAUUUUUAAGGAGUAAUGGAAGAAAGUCCUUUAGUUUGGAAAGAGAAAAUGGAAAUGGAAGUGGAAGUAGUAAUGGGGUGAAUUCAAAGAAGAGAUUCUCCCUCGAAAUCGAUUCGAAUGGUUCAUCUUCAUCUUCUUCGGUUCAAUUGAGUUGUCAUAAGUGUAAAGAGCAGUUUAACAAAUGGGAUGCACUUGAAGCUCAUCAUCUCUCUAAUCAUGCUGUAACUGAGCUUGUGGAAGGUGAUUCUUCAAGGAAAAUAGUGGAAAUAAUAUGCAGAACAAACUGGAUGAAGUCGGAGAACCACUGUGGUCGAAUAGAGAGGGUGUUGAAAGUCCAUAACACCCAGAAAACAAUAGCACGGUUCGAAGAAUACAGGGAAAUGGUUAAGAUCAAAGCCAGUAAGCUCCCUAAGAAGCAUCCACGAUGUAUUGCUGACGGAAACGAGUUACUAAGAUUUUACGGGACUACUGUGGCCUGUUCUCUAGGCAUUGAUGGAUCUUCCAGCCUUUGUGUAUCAGGAAAAUGCUGUGUUUGUCGAAUCAUAAGGCAUGGUUUCUAUACAAAGAAGGAAAUUAAGAGCGGAGUUGGUGUUUUUACAUCUUCGACUAGUGGAAGGGCGUUUGAAGGUAUCGAGUCCAUUGAUGGUGAUCCAUCGAUAAAGAAGGCGCUGAUUGUAUGCAGAGUGAUUGCUGGAAGAGUUCACAGGCCAUUGGAAAACUUGCAGGAAUUGGCAGGGCAAACAGGGUUUGAUUCAUUGGCUGGGAAAGUUGGUUUGUAUUCAAGCAUUGAGGAGCUGUAUUUGCUCAAUCCUAGGGCUCUACUACCUUGUUUUGUGGUAAUCUGCAAAUCCUGAAACUGUACAUUUAAUCUUUUAUUUUUUGGGUGUCAAAAAUGCCAUUUGAUAAGGUGUAUAAUCUUGAUAUAUUGAGAGCAUUGUAUGAAGUGUAGGUAGGAGAAUGUGAAGGGAUGUUAAAAAUCGUCCAAUUUUCAUUGCCUCGUUGACAGAUCUUUUGUGAAAUCACAUACAUUAUCAGCUCUGCGCGUAAAAUGACACUUAUCCAUUAGCCUUUAUGUGUUCAUGUUUGAAGUUUGAUGCUUUGAAUGUUCAUUUGGUGAAAAUUUUGGAGACUUCAUCUUAUGUGACAUUGACACAGACAAUUUCUUUCAGUCUGUGCAAUGUAGUAUGAAUGUGAGAUUAAGAGUACCCGGCAAAUUAUUUCAGGCACUGGGAAGUUCCUUUAUGCGCGCGUUUGCGUGAUUUAUAUUUCAUGUUCUGUUCUGGAUCUACUUGUGAAUAUCUGUUGGAGCCUUUUAGAAGUAUCCAAACUUGGACAAUAUCAGUUUUGGCCAAGAAAACUCCUGGAAAUUGCUCUUCUUUUGUUUGGGGAAGUGAAGAUAUUUAUAUACUGAUUAAAAGAAAAAAAAAAACAGUAGAAUGUCGUCAAUUUGCAAGUACAAAAUAGGAUUUAAAUACUUCUUCCGUUCUAUUAAUAUUGCAACAAUGGACUUUUUGCAC